AUGGCAAAAUUAACUUUUUCUGCCGAAGAAGAAGAAAAAUUAAUUGAAGUGAUUCAAAAAAACUCUGUUAUUUACGAUCUUGCGCAUCCAAAAUAUAAAAACACAAUUUACAAGGAUGAAAUUUGGAUUGAUAUCGCCAACACAACAGGAAAAUCUGUCGAAGAUUGUAAAAAAAAGUGGAAAUACAUACGGGAUACCCACAACCGCUGUAAAAGAAAAUUAUGUACUGGAUCUGCAAGCUCAGCAAAAAAACAUUGGCCUUUGGCAGACCGUGUGUCAUUUUUAAACUCUGUCGAAAAUGAACGAAGUUCUGAGAGCAACAUGGGAUCACAUAGUGAAGAAGGAACUAUAGACACUUUGAACAUUGGCUGA